AUGGCGGGCUCCCUGCCUCCCUGCGUGGUGGACUGCGGCACCGGGUAUACCAAGCUUGGCUACGCAGGCAACACAGAGCCACAGUUCAUUAUCCCUUCAUGUAUCGCCAUCAGGGAGUCGGCCAAGGUGGUGGACCAAGCCCAGAGGAGGGUACUGAGGGGAGUUGAUGACCUGGACUUCUUCAUCGGGGACGAAGCCAUAGAUAAACCCACAUACGCCACCAAGUGGCCAAUAAGACAUGGAAUAAUUGAAGACUGGGAUCUGAUGGAAAGGUUCAUGGAACAAGUGAUUUUUAAAUAUCUUCGAGCUGAACCUGAGGAUCAUUAUUUUUUAAUGACAGAACCGCCACUGAAUACACCAGAAAACCGAGAGUAUCUCGCGGAAAUUAUGUUUGAAUCGUUCAACGUCCCAGGACUCUACAUUGCGGUUCAGGCAGUGCUGGCCCUGGCCGCCUCGUGGACAUCGCGACAGGUGGGCGAACGCACGUUAACGGGGAUCGUCAUCGACAGCGGGGACGGGGUCACCCAUGCCAUCCCAGUGGCAGAAGGCUACGUGAUUGGGAGCUGCAUCAAGCACAUCCCCAUCGCAGGGCGGGAUAUCACCUAUUUCAUCCAGCAGCUGCUGCGGGAGCGGGAGGCGGGGAUCCCCCCGGAGCAGUCGCUGGAGACCGCCAAAGCCAUCAAGGAGAAAUACUGCUACAUCUGCCCUGACAUAGUCAAAGAGUUCGCCAAGUACGACGUGGAUCCUCGGAAGUGGAUCAAACAGUACACGGGGAUCAACGCCAUCAACCAGAAGAAGUUCGUCAUAGAUGUCGGCUACGAAAGGUUCCUGGGCCCUGAGAUUUUCUUUCACCCAGAGUUUGCCAACCCGGAUUUCAUGGAGUCCAUCUCGGAGGUGGUUGAUGAAGUCAUACAGAACUGCCCCAUCGACGUUCGCCGUCCGCUGUAUAAGAAUGUCGUUCUUUCGGGAGGCUCCACGAUGUUCAGGGAUUUCGGACGUCGCCUGCAGAGAGACUUAAAGAGGGUGGUGGACGCCAGGCUGAAGCUUAGCGAGGAGCUCAGCGGUGGCAGGAUAAAGCCGAAGCCUGUGGAGGUCCAGGUGAUAACGCACCACAUGCAGCGCUACGCCGUGUGGUUCGGAGGCUCCAUGCUGGCCUCAACUCCGGAGUUCUUGCAGGUCUGCCACAGCAAGAAGGACUACGAGGAGUGCGGCCCGAGCAUCUGCCGCCACAACCCCGUCUUCGGGGUCAUGUCUUAG